GUUUACAAAUGGCGUCCUCGAAUGUCGAAUAUUAUCAAAAGCAGAAAGAUUUACAAGAUUCAAUCAUAGAAAAUGAACAGAAAAGAAAAAGACUAGAGGCACAGUUACAAGCAUACAGUCAGUCUGAUCAUAAAUUGUAAACAGACAUAAUGGAUGGUAGAAAACAAUCUACAACUAUACAGAACUUUCUAACCAAAAAUGAAAUUGGAAAUGAGGAAAAUAAUCGUUCAAAAAAUAUUACUUUAGCAAAGCUUAGAGCGGUUAAAUUACAAAGUUAUUGGAAGAGAAUCUGUGAAGAUGAGAAGCGUAGCAAACAGAGAAAUGCUCAGUUAUUGCGAGAUCUGGAUAGGAUGGAGGCAAACAUGGCAAGUUUGGAGGCACGUAGAGAGAAACUCAGACAUAUGAAGCAAAAUUAUUUUGAUUACAUUGAGAGGACAUAUCCUAAAUGGCUGGAACUUGUUCAGCAAAAGAAACAUGAAUAUAUACAAGAACAACAACAGAAGCAUGAACAACAAUAUCAGCAGCAACACCAGCAGCAGUUCCAACAACAACAAUAUGAGCAACAACAGAGAUUUCAACAACAACAACAGCAAGUACAGCAACAACAAUAUUUUUCAAGUUCUCAGGCAAGGAGACAAGAGUAUGGACAAUCUCCUGGUAGUCAACAAAGUAAACGACAGGAAGAGACAUUACCUAAACAACAAGAAGCUUUCCUAACCCAGCAUCAGUAUGAUGAUACUAGAGAUCUAUAUGAGAAUGAUCGUGAUGAAGAGAGCCCGCCACCUUUACCUAGUCAACCACCACCAACUGUACCAUUUAGUGAACCUGAGCGAGAAUAUACCAACCUGAGAGAUAUUAGGAGAGAUAAUCCGAAUCAGGUAACUCCACAACCACAGUCUGUGACUGUACACAUGCCCAGUGCACAGGGAGAUGCUGUAUCACCCAGUAAAUCAGGUCGACCUGGUAGUGGGAGGAGAUCAGAACAGCCAAAUCAGAACUGGAUGGCAGCUGAAAGAGAUGCCAGUAUACACAGUCUAAGCUUUAGUGAGGAGACCGACGUACAACCUCCAGCUAUACAGAGUGUUACAGUCAGACAGAAAACUGAGCCUCCUAAACCUGUAGUACAAACAAUGGAGCCAGUGUCAGAUGAAGAUGUGAGUGAUUUUGGAGAUGAGCCAGAUUUACCUAGUGGUGCAGAUGGUGACAGGGUAGACAUAGUGAAACCUCCAUCACCUGUACAAGCUGUAGUAGAGGAACAUGAUGAUGAUGAUGAGGAUGACACUGAUCGAACUCCGUCCAUUGUUCAUCCAGAAAUAAGUACAUCUGGUCUGUUUCGACUUUUAAAAUUUGUGGAAGAGGAACUGUUGAAUGCAUUGGCCCUAGAAAAUUUCUACCGGACUAGAAAUCCAGAUGAGGCUACCAAGAAAGAUAUUAUAUAUAAAGCGAAUAAUGAGAACAGUAGCCUGCAGUCUCUAGAUGGUGAGUUAGUCAGUAUGGUUAUACUGCAACAACUAACACUUGUCGUCCGCAGACUUCCUGGAGGGUGUAUGUUAUCUGAUACCUUACUUGUCAGGGGAAGUCACUCAAGCACAAAUGAACAAAUCAGGUCAAAUUUACACAGAGAUGCUCAAACAUUAUGGGAUAAACUGAUGGAGCAUUUUAUUCUUCUUGUAAAGAAUCGUGUGAUGGGGACACGUGAAGUGGCUCAUGUGUUUGUACCUUGUCUUGUUCAUGCUGGUUCAGAGAAUCAGGCUAAGGCUGUGAGUGUUAUAGAGGAUAUAAUAGAGAAUGCUAUAGAGAAAGUUGACGGUAAAUCAUCUCCUGUACCACAAGAUAGUUUAACAGUUGAUACAGCACGCAGCAGCCAACAGGGUGCAGGGAUAUAUAUGAAUAUCAACCUAUCAGUUCCUCCCCUGAAGUUUGGCAGUCUUGUUGAUAGUAAACCAUUCAGUGAUGAGGAGUCCAGCAUGAUCACACAAAGUAUGAAUACAGAUGUACAAAAAAUUCCCUUAAAUGAAACAGAUGCGUAUAAAAAUCUGAUAAGUGGAACACGUCCUGCAGUACGUACAAUGAGCCAUGACGACACAGAUAAUUCUGAUAAUGAGUUAGAAAAACAAAUAGCUUCUACUCUCUCACCCCGAAGUCACGGAAGUAAACCCCAUUCUGACCCUCAUAAUGAUGUUCCCUUUAGUGCCCCCAAAGAUGCAUCACAUGAUCUGUCACAUGAUAAUGAGCCUCAGUCUGAACUCAGCUCACCAUCAGCUGCACCAGUAUAUGUCCCUACAGGGGUAGAACAAAGUACUGCAAAAUCUAUCCUAGGGUCAACAGGAGGGUCAAGUCAACAGAGGAAGAUUGCUGGCAUGAUCAGUUCAGAUUUAGACACUGACACUGAAGUAGAUCUGGAUCAUAUGGUACAGAAGAAAGAAGAUGAUGAUGAUGACUUCUAUGAUUUCUAUGGAUAGUAUUUUAUAGUCUAAGAUGACACUUCUUACCUUUUUAUAUUGUGGAUUAUAUCAACAGUGCAUUUAACUCAUGUUACAAAUGCAUUUUCUCUGCAUAUCAGACAAACCAGAAAAUACUGAGACAGUACUUGCACAGAUAGACACAGUUUAGUAAAUGUUAAUUAAAAUAGCUUUAUAGAUAUGUUCUAUGCUGGUGUUACUUAAAACACCAUUUAGAUAUAAAUAAAAUAUUCGUAAUUCAUAUAGCAUAUUUGUUGAAAUGGAUAUUCGAGCAUGAAUGGUGAUUACAUUAUUAUAUAGGAUGUUCAAAUACUUACUCUUUUGUUGUACCUCUAAUUAAAUAGCUGUAAUGAAUCUUAAAUGCACCAGAAAUGUUUUUAGAUUAAAAUGUGCGUAUAAUUAGUUACAAGUGUAACAUAAGUAUUUUCUAUAUUAUUCACAUAAAUGUAUUGUGUCUGUGAUAAAAAUUAUGGAAUUAAAAUGUUGUAAAAAGAA